AUGUCAAACGACGCGCAAGUAGAGGAUCACUACUUCUCUGCCAACCCGCCACCAAAAGCCCUUGCUAGACAUGUGGCCCAGGCGAGCGCCUUUCUUGACCAUCAAGUCGUCUCAAACCGCCCUGUUGUCCUCAUCACCUCGGGCGGCACGACCGUGCCCCUAGAGCGCAACACGGUCCGCUUCAUCGACAACUUCAGUGCCGGCACUCGCGGCGCCACCUCAGCCGAGUACUUCCUCGAGGCCGGGUACGGCGUCAUUUCCUGCAUCGCGAAUUCAGCCUCCAACCCUACACCCGUCACUAAUCACACGCCAUGGACUGCUUCCUCGACUUCCCUCCAGGAGAGCCCCGACGGAAGCGUUGUCGCCAACAGCGCCCACCAAGAGAAGAUGCUCGCCGUCCUCCGCAAGUACAACACUGCGCGCGCCACCAACGCGUUGCUCGUCAUCCCCUUUGUCACCAUUACCGACUACCUCCACGAGCUGCGCGCCAUCUCCAGGCUCAUGCGCCCUCUGGGCCCCCGUGGCCUGCUCUACCUCGCCGCCGCCGCCUCUGACUUUUUCGUGCCGCCCGAGCGCAUGGCCGAGCACAAGAUUCAGUCCACGACGGCCACCGACAGCCUCCAGCCCGCAGCCACCAGGCAAUGA